UUGCUGUCUUUGCUUUCUUUCCAUUACUUGUUUAAUAGAUCCAAAGUACAUUGCUAUAGAUUAUCUCACAAUGUCCUCUCAAGAAACUGACGCUGAAAAGAAUAUUGAGAUCUGGAAGAUCAAGAAAUUGAUCAAGUCCUUGGAAAUGGCUAGAGGAAACGGUACCUCAAUGAUUUCAUUGGUGCUUCCUCCAAAAGCCCAAAUUUCAUUGACCCAAAAGAUGUUAACCGAUGAAUACGGAACUGCUUCCAACAUCAAGUCCCGUGUCAACAGAUUGUCCGUGUUGUCUGCCAUCACUUCCACCCAACAAAAGUUGAAAUUGUACAACAGUGUUCCCAAGAAUGGUUUGGUUGUUUACUGUGGUGACGUUAUAACUGACGAAGGUAAGGAAAAGAAAUUGAAUAUCGAUUUCGAACCAUUCAAACCAAUCAACACCUCUCUUUACUUGUGUGACAACAAAUUCCACGUGGAAGCAUUGAACGAAUUGUUGGAAAAUGACGAUAGAUUCGGGUUCAUUAUCAUGGACGGUAACGGGGCCUUGUUUGGUGCCGUCAGUGGUAACACCAGAGAAGUCUUGCAUAAAUUCACCGUCGACUUGCCAAAGAAGCACGGUAGAGGUGGUCAAUCCGCCGUUCGUUUCUCCCGUUUAAGAGAAGAAAAGAGACACAAUUACGUCAGAAAAGUUGCUGAAGUGGCGGUACAAAACUUCAUCACCGCUGAUAAAGUUAACGUCAAGGGGUUGAUCUUGGCUGGUUCUGCAGAUUUCAAGACUGAAUUGUCCAAGUCUGACUUGUUCGAUAACAGAUUACAAGCUAAAAUCAUCAAGAUUGUCGAUAUAUCCUACGGUGGUGAAAACGGGUUCAACCAAGCCAUUGAAUUGUCCGCAGAAACCUUAGCCAAUGUUAAAUUCGUCCAAGAAAAGAAAUUGUUGAACCAAUAUUUCGACGAAAUUUCCCAAGACACCGGUAAGUUCUGUUAUGGUAUUGAAGACACCUUGAAGGCCCUUGAUUUGGGUGCUUGUGAAACCGUCAUUGUUUACGAAAACUUAAACACAGUCAGAUACACCAUGAAGGAUAUCGAAGGAGAAGAAGUAGUCGCCAAUGUCAACCCAGAAUUGCCAGACAAGUCAUGGCAAUUGGACAAAAAGACCGGUACUGAAAUGGAAAUCAUCAAGGAAGAAUCCUUCUUGGAAUGGUUGGCUGAAAACUACAAGAAUUACGGUGCUGAAUUAGAAUUCGUCACUGAUAGAUCUUCUGAAGGUGCCCAAUUCUGCCAAGGGUUUGGUGGUAUUGGUGCCAUGUUGAGAUACAAGGUCAAUUUCGAACAAUUGGCUGAUGAAUCCGAUGAAGAUGAAUAUUAUGACGACGAUGAUGACGACUUUAUCUAGAGAAUUUACAUAUACACAUACAAAGUGGCUUAGUGCCACACAUUAAUCGAGUUUUCUAUUCUUUGGUCUAUUAAAUACACACCUUAUUUUUUAUCUUUGUUUGAUUUAGGCUUCUUUGUAACCUUGUUGGCUUUCUUUUUGAGCUUUUUCGAUUUACCGUCUUUUAAAUCGGUUAAAGCGUCGACUUUUUCAUGACCUAAAACGUCGUCAUGGUGAGUUCCAGUAACCAUUUGAUGAGCCAAGUUUUGUAAUCCACUAGUAAUGUACGAUCUUCUGGCAUUCUUCCUUAUAGGUGUAGCCAACAAUUGUUUCAAUUCAUAUCGAAGACCCUUCAUUUCAUCCUUGCCUAGCAUCUUACUUUCUUUUCUCUUUCGCUGUUUCUUGAUAAUGUCAUCUUCAAAGUUUUCAAUGUCGGAUAAGUCUUCAACACCCAAUUCUUCCGCAGCUUGCUUGAUCCAAGAAUCUUCCUUUCUGGUAGAAGUCUUGGAGAUGGAAGCAUCUGCAAGCUUCGAUGAGACCGUCACUCGCUCUCUCAACUGCGAAACCAAAUCCAUUUCAAUUGGAAGCAACUUGACGUCGGUAUGCAUGUUAAGACGAGAUCCUUGUGUGCUGUUGCUAGCCACUAAUCUUCUCAAUUUUCUAAGUGGCCCCGAAGCUUCUUGUGGAGAACAAAACAUCACUGAAACACCCUCUCUGCCUGCUCUGGCAGUUCUACCUGAUCUAUGAAUGUACACAUCGGCAGAUCGAGGUAAAUGGUAAUGCACCACAUGGUCAAUGUUUGGGAUAUCCAAUCCUCUGGCGGCCACAUCGGAAGCAACCAACACAGAAACCUCAUUCUUUUCACUGGCGGCUUUAAACCUUUCCAAUGCUCUCAAUCUUUGUUUUUGGAUCAUAGAUGAGUGGAUUGAAAAUGCGGGAAUGUUCAAAUUGUUUAAGAAUGGCACUAAUCUUUUGACCGAAUCGAUGGAGUUGGCAAAUACCAAAGUAGAUCCUUUAUACAUGAGGAGGAAAUAAUACAAAUAUAAAUCACGUUCGGUAGGACCACAUUCGACUAAUGCUUCGGUGAUUUGUCCAGACACGAUUUCCUUAGGAUUAGCAUCAAUUAAAGCUGGUUUAGAGUCUUUAAACUUCAAUUUCUCGUUCAACAAAGUGACGAUUUCGUCAUUAUCCAUUAAUGAGUUUCCCUUGGCUUUGUUCUUCUGGUGUUUGUCCAACUUCCCAAACAAGUCUCUGGAAAAAGUGGCACUAAAGACCAAGGUUUGCCAUUUCCAUUGCAUGGAUUUGUUCUUGGGUCUACUCUUGCCAAACAACUCUAAAAUCUUUUCAAAUUCUUCAAAAUGGCCGUCUUGCAAUAAUCUAUCGGCUUCAUCCAACACUAAAAUAUCUGUGCUUGCCAUUCUCUUGGUGAGUUGUUCGUCAUUUUGGAGCAAUUCCAAGAAACGACCGGGAGUAGCAACAAUUAUUCCUGGACCAUGCGCCAAUAAUCUUUCUUGCUUUUGAAUGGAAAGACCACCGGUUAUACUCACAAUACCUCUGGUUGACAAUGGUGAAUACUUGGCAAGUUCAUUCAAAUGGCUAACCACUUGAUGAGCCAAUUCUCUAGUAGGAGCGAAAACAAUACCGGUAGGAUUGUUGACUAUCUUGUCCUUGACGUUUUGCUUAAUUGUGGAUAAUGACAGUAAGUACUUUUCUAAGAUUGGGAUACCGUAUGCCAAUGUCUUACCGGAACCAGUCGUUGCCUUACCGAUGACAUCCUUCCC